AUGAAUACAACAAAUGACAACUUAGUCAACCCCACCACCUUGCAAGACAUUGAAGGUGAUUUUCCCAACUGCACUGCUGUGGAAGUCGCUCUGAAGACUUUGUACCUCCCCAUUAUCAUCAUCUUCCUGGUGGGCUUCCCAGGAAACAUCAUUGCAAUUUGUGUUUACAGCUUCAAGAUGAGGCCUUGGAAGAGCAGCACCAUCAUCAUGCUGAACCUGGUGCUCACAGACCUGCUCUACCUCACCAGUCUUCCCUUCCUGAUACACUACUACGCCAGCGGGGAGCACUGGAUCUUUGGCGAAUUCGUGUGCAAGUUCAUCCACUUUGGCUUUCACUUCAACGUGUACAGCAGCAUCCUCUUCCUCACCUGCUUCAGCACCUUCCGCUAUGUGGUGAUUAUCCACCCUGUGAAGUUCUUCUACAUCCAGAGGAAGCGGUGGACAGCGGUGGCUUGCGCAGCCGUUUGGGUGAUCUCACUGGCAGCUGUCAGCCCUGUCAACUUCUUGAUCUCCUCAAAAGAAGCACAAAACAGAUCCUUAUGCCUCGCCCUUACCAGCUCUGGAAACCUGGGCACAAUCAGGUGGUAUAAGUGGCCGCUGACUGGCCUGGCCUUCUUCUUGCCCUUGCUGACUCUAUGCUACACGCUCAUUAUUUACACCUUGGCUACCAGGCCCCACACCCGGGCUUGCUACAAACAAAAGGCUCACAGACUCACUGUCAUCCUCUUGGUGGUCUUCUAUGUGUUCUUCCUCCCCUUCCAUGUCUUUCGGGCUGCUCGGGUUGAACUACAGUUGUGUCCAGUCAGCUGUCAGCUGUCAUGCGAGAAGCAAAUCCAUUCCGCCUAUAUCAUCUCUCGGCCACUGGUUGCACUCAACACAUGUGGCAACCUACUACUUUAUGUCGUGAUCGGCGGUAACUUCCAACAGGCCAUCCUCUCUCUUUCAAGGUGUAAGUGGAGCAAAUACGUCCAGCAGCCCGGAAGCAACAAUUAUGUGACCAAGUCAGAAAUUGCAUUAAAGUUAUGGAGGAAUCCCAGCAAACCUGGGACGGCUUUGGUGCUGUAA